GCUUGGUCCCCGCCUCCGCCGUCCACACCGGGCCGUGACGCAGAUGCAGCCGUGUCAGGUGUCGCGCAGGUUUCUCGGAGAUACGGGCUCAGCGGAAGUUCCCACAGUUUAACGGUGAAUCAGCAGACAUGGAAAGUGGUCCGUUCAGUCGAAAGUCAUGGAUGACGCAGUCCCUGCGCGUCACAGCCAAGGAGAUCUCUCUGGUCGGUGGGAAAUCCAGCGCCAUCGCUGACCGAUUCUCCAAGUAUCAGAGAGCUGCUGAAGAAGCAAGUUUAGAAAAAAAGAAAGCCUCAUCUGAAAGUGUAACAUCGUCCCAGCGUUCUGGCAACUUGAGCGCUCUGAAGAAGCGCUGGGAGCAAGUAGGAGACCAAAACCAGGAGAAGUGCGCUCCUGUUUCUCUAACCAAACACUCCAGCAUCCGUCGCAGGCCCCCGGUCCUGAGCAGACCUCCCAUCAUCAGCGAGGAACGCCCUCCGGUGAAGAGCCCGGCGCCACCGACAGACCAAACAGGCCCUCCGUCAGCCGGCAAAGCUCGGCAGCCGUCCAUCGCUGAAGAUCCAAAGCAGGGAGGGCUGGACAGAGAGGAGCCGAUGGACAGGAAAAUACCAGAGAAAUCAGAGGAGCAAGCUCCAACCAGUCCGAUCGCAUCUUACGAGAAAGCCAGCGUGCCGCUGAACAGCCUGAAGAUGAAGUUUGAGAAGGGAGAAAACUCAAAGAGUGGAAGGAACACAAUACGCAGCACUUCAACAGAGGAUGAAGACCACCACAGCAAACCUCCUGCGACAAACAGAGUGCUGAGGUCUACGUCUCUCCGAGAAAAGAUGAACAAAUACCAGACGGCUGUCUAUAAACAAUCGGCCAAAGACGUUUUUGCUCCAAAAACAAACAGUUCUGCAGACGAACACACUCCUGCCCCUAAGUGCAAUGGGCAGAGCACAGAGCCACCCAAAGCUCUGAGGAAGUUCUGUCCGCCGGUGAAGGAGGUUUGCGUUGUUUGCCAGAAAACUGUGUUCCAACUGGAGCGACUGAUGUCUCAUCAGCACGUUUAUCAUAAGCACUGCUUCCGCUGUUUUCACUGCAACACAAAGCUGAGUCUGAUGAACUAUGCGUCUUUACACGGCAACAACUACUGCAAGCCUCAUUUCAGUCAGCUAUUUAAAGCCAAAGGCAACUAUGACGAAGGCUUCGGCCAUCGUCCCCACAAAGAGCUUUGGGAGCCACGAGUUGACGUGGAGGAAAGUGAGGAACCUGUGAGGCCAAAAGAACCGGAGAAACCCGUGAGGCAUCCUGCUAAGAGUCCUUCUGAGGUGUCUUCACCUGGGGACGCUUCUCCCCAGGUGAAGGUUCUAGACCUCACUGCCUCACUGGAGAACCAUGUAAAGGCGGAAGCCAGCUCUGCAGAAAAACAUCAGCCAACAGAAAAACCAGCCGACACCCAAAAGCUUAGGGUCGCAUGGCCCCCCCGCGCUGAUGAGGGCCACGCGGAAAAGCCGCUGAGUCCUGACACUGAAGAUUUUCCCACAAUCCGGCCGCGGAGGGCCAAGUGGCCUCCAGAAGACGCAGCGCAUCCAUCUUUCCAGAGCUCAGAGCGGGCGGAGUUAAAGAGCCUUAGGAGGAGCACCUCUCUGAAGGAGCGUAGUCGCCCUUUCACAUUGUCUGCUGCAACCAGACCCCCCGUUAACGCUGGUCCCAGAGAGCCCCGCCGCCCGCUCAGGUCACUGCAGGAAUGGAGAGCAUCAUUUGAGGAAAAAACGUCUGAAGGAACAGCCAAAGAAAACAACACAGAGGUGAAGGAAGAGCAGAAGACGUCUGAAGCAUCAAGUGAGACCGCGUCCCACAGGGACACGGAAAGGUUAACUAAACAACAGAAGCCCCCCUCUGAUGACAGGGCACCUCCUCCCUCCUCUCAACAGAAACAGAACCACACUCAUGCGAAUGUUGGUUCUACAGAAGAAAAGGAUGUGGAGGAGUUGAGCGCAGAGGAUCUCAUCAAGAGGAACCGCUACUAUGAUGAUGAUGAUGAUGACGAGGAGGAUCCUGAUGCAUAGAUGUCUGAAGAUUUUGCAUUCAAACCCAUAAACCAAAGUUUGAUUUUUAUUUUUAAUUUGUAAUGGAUGAGCCAUCAAUGUAACUUUACAUAAUUUAAAAGAAAUGGAUGAAUGUGCUCUGAAUAAUGGCCUUUAACUUUGGAAGUGGAAAUGUCCGACUACGUUUUGUAAAAAAAUCAUUUUAUGACUUUUAAAUUUGCAGAAAUGUUUAUCUCUGUCUUGAUUAAUUAUUGCAUCUUUAUACCUGAUUUAAAAAAAAUAAUUUCUGAUUUUUCUUUUGGCUUCUAAUCAAAUUUUGUACCAAGUUUGUUCUCUGCUGCAUUUUUUUGUGCUUUUGAUGAUUUAAUGAUUUCUUCAAUUCUGUGACCAAAAACGUUUUCUUUUCCACCAAUUUCAUGUUGCUUUUAAAACGGUACUGUAUUGCAUUACUAAAGCACAAACUGCCUCUUCUGGUGGUGGGGUGGUUGUCUUUAAUUUUUUAAAGAGAUUUUUGUACUUCAUUGUCAGGAUUUCUUUUAGUCACUUUCUUUUUUACACUCAAAUCAUUUGUUGUCUUAAAAAAACAUACCCUAUGAAGCUGUAGGGGCUCCACAUUCAUGAUUGUUUUAAAACUUUUUUUAUUCAAACAUAUUGAUUUAAAUUCUGUAUUACAGAGACAUAACUGGAACAUAACUGUUUAUUCAGAGCUUCACAUGACUUUAGAUCAUUUUAUGCAAUAAAACGUCACUUUUUUCCACAAAUAAUUCUGUUAAAGUUACUUAUUUACUGUUUGUCUUUUGAUAAGCACCGGGGACGAAUUAUUUUAUAUUUUAUAGUAUCAGAUAAUGACAGUAUGUCUUACCAACACGAAUGAGGUGAAUGGAAGUCUGACCAAAUAAUCAUUUAUUUUGUUUGUACUGUAGAUGUCAGCGGAGAAACCUCAUUAAAUGUCAAGUUGAUGUUGCAGAGAAAUCAAGAUCUUUCAUUUUUCUUCUUCUAAUCACACAACAGUAAGGAUAAAAGAUGGAAAUUUAGGACCAAUAGCAUUUUUCUGGUAAAUUACAUCUUACAUUUUUUGCAUUGGUUAAAAAAAACUACUUUUUUUUUAGACUGUUUUCAAAAGCCUAUUUUCAAGAAGUAAAAUAUUCUCAGUUGUUCAUAAGUCAAACAUUUGUAAUCGACAUGCUUCUUUGGGCAUUCGUGUGUCAAAAGAUUUUGUGUGUGAUUUUAAUAAAGAUGAAACAAUA